GAAAAUUCUCAGCCGCGUCGCCGUCUUUUUUCACCUUGUCGUAAAAUAUUGAAACAUUCUUUUUGUUUCAUCCAUUUACUGUACUCUUAUUAAGAACUCCAUUCCGACCAUGAUCACUCGUCCCCACCAUAAUCUACGGUCGACUCAUGGAUGCGCUUCUUAUCCAUAAUUCUCUAAUAUUCUUUCUCAUGAUGCUCUGAAAAAAAAAGAAAGGAAUUCUGACCAUUUGAUCCUCAUACUUGGAUAUGCCUUUCGUUUUAAGGUGCCCCCUAAUGAAUAGCAUUACCUAGUAUUUUCUCACCUCACCAACCUUAUUGUCUCGCCGGUCCACUCAACUCGUCAGCGAGGUUCAUAAAACUCAUUUUGCCUUAUUAUUCAGUUAUUCAUUCACUUGCGGUCAGUGUUGUUUCUAUCUAGUAAUUGAACGGCUUGUAUUAUCUAUCUAAUAGGCAGCCGGGAAUAACUACCUGCUGGAUUACGAUAUUCUUGCUAUUAUUAUUCGUCCUCAUCGUCGUCGUCCUCCUCCUCCCCUUAUUCUCAUUUUUAUUCUUGUGAGGUGUAUAAUUAUUCCUGGAGCCUAAGGUUUUGGAUUUGAAUUUAAGGGUGCUAGAAAGAGAAAAUUAAAAGAUAGACGCCUAAGGCUCACGGAGAGGUAAAAAGAGAAAAAAAAGGGAAAAAAAUCAAUGUGAAGGAAGGUGCGGGAGUUUGAGAAGAGGAAACAAUGGCGGGACACAAAAUUUCAGGUUACGCUGCGAGCCUCUGGCAGGCACUGUUUGCGUCUUUCAUCCAACUCUUAUCCCGCGUCUCCCAUUAUUUCACCACGACAACGGAUUCAACUCAGAAGCCUCCGCCACCUCAACAGUCACCCACUUCCACUUCUCCCACCAUUAAAAAUUUUGACUCACCACAACCUUCUUUAUGUACCCCAUCUCCCCAAAACCAUCCAUCUUCACCACAACAACCCCCGCCCAACUCUUUCAUAGACCUCGAACAAGGGUUAGACUCUUCAUCUAAGGAACUUAAUAUGGCGCCGUCUAAGAAGCGCGGUGGUCAGAAGAGAGGUGGUCAAAAAGGCAGCGGUCCUAAACCUGUCGACCCUGCUUCUCCUUCGGUCGGCCCGUCAUCAAACGGCACUACCUCGAAUUCUACCACUAAUAACAACUCCCCUGCGCCGCUCCCGGCUUCCCAAAUGUCUGGUCCGGCCGGUGUUACUCCUGUUGCGAAUCAAGGUGACACUAAAGCCACCAUUCGUCAGACUAACAGUCAAAAGCCAGCCGAGUCUCUACAGCCCUCUUGGAGCCGUGGUUCUUUGCCCUCCAAAAAACCUACUGAUGAUAGAAAGGAGAACGAUACUCCUCGCAUCGCUGCUCACAGCACAUUUCAGAGCCAGUCGCCAGCCCUGAAGCCCCUCGUGGCGGAUAAUCAGACUCAGGUUCAUCACACGGGUACCCGCAGCCAGUCCGCCACCUCGGCAUUCACUUCUUCUGGCAAGAUGGAGGUUGCCGAGAACUUGAUCACCAAUGUGCAGGUCAAAGAGCUCAGUACAAGUGUCGACCGUCUUACUCUUGACGACACCAAUGCAACCCAACAGCAAGCCCAAUCAGAACUUGACCCUCCUGCCGCUGCUAUCAAGUCAUCGGCCACACCAACGCUUACCGUUGUCCCUCUUCCCUUCAGCAGCGGACCGGUCGAGCCUAAGCCUGACCCACUUACUCAGAAUCUACCUGGGUUGAUCGAGCCUACUACCGAAGAAGGACGAGCUGAGCGAGAGUACAAUCUUAAGUUCAUGCGAGAGGCACUCGCUAUGGGUGAUCUAGCUCUAAACACCAAUGAGACGCCAGUUGGUUGUGUCCUAGUCUAUCAUGGCAAAAUCGUUGCCAAGGGAAUGAAUGCGACUAAUAUCACUCGGAACGGUACUCGCCAUGCGGAGCUUAUGGCCUUGUCCGCUUUGCUCUCCCAACGAGAGCCCGGAGAUGUCGAGGAAGUUAACAACCACUUAGCCCUGGAUGAUGCCAGUUGGGGAGAUGUGGACCCAAAAGAUGGUCACAUCUAUCCUUACGGCCAGAAGCUUCAUCCCGCCCCUGUGGUUGCUCGCUCUAUCUUGUCGGAGUGCGUCCUUUACGUUACGGUUGAACCUUGUGUCAUGUGUGCUUCUCUUCUUCGGCAAAUGGGCAUCAAGAAGGUUUAUUUCGGUGCCGUUAACGAUAAAUUUGGUGGCACUGGAGGCGUUUUCAAGAUUCAUAUGAACUCCAAACCCGUGCCCAAGCCCGUGGAUCGUCCUUAUCAGAAUGGAUACGGUCCCCCGGACGUUGAUCGCAUCGUCAAGGGUAGAUCUACCCCCGUUCCCCGCGAUGAAGAUGAUGGUGAUGGUGGUAAUGUGGAGCGUGGUUACUUCGUUGAGGGUGGAUAUCUCCGCGACGAAGCAGUCUCACUCCUUCGUCGAUUCUACGUCCAGGAGAAUGGCCGAGCCCCACAGCCUCGAAAGAAGGAAGGAAGAGCUGCUCGUCUAUUUGCUAUGGAGAACCAGGUUAAGAAUGGCGCUAGUGGCACUGAGCUUUCGGACGGUUCUAUGCAGCCCGAUGUUCCCAUGAGCCCCGAAACGCCAGUCGAUAAAGAAGUGACCAUGGAGCCCGAGGUACAAGUUGACGAAGGCAAGAACCCUGCUAUUCGUAACGACACUUCAUUCUAUUGACCAAUGGUUCAUCACCAUCGAUCAUCAAAUUACGCAUGACCAUAAUGAUUACGAUGCCGACAAUGUAAUAUUACGACGAUAGACUUGCAUCAGAUUCCCACACACGCAUUGCAUGGAUGGCAAAGCCCACCCCGGAGUUACUGGUUCCUGCUUUCUUCAUCCACGGAAGGGAAAAAAUUACCACAGGAUCGAUUAGGCAGCAUAUUAUUAGGGGGGCAGGCAGGCAGGGGAGGUUCAUAGCUAAUAGCUGACCUUGCCCUGGCACGGGUGUUUUCUAAAAGUUGCUCGGCAUAUGAGGUACUCCUUAUUAGAUAGCCAUCACGGGCUAUCUCCCCUAACCGCGAAACUGUAUUACUAGUAUUACUACAGAGUCACGAGAAUGGGCUACUAGGCUCUCGUUGAUGCUCAACUAGAGUAAAUAAAUCGUGUCACUUUUUAA